AUGUCCUCCCCUCUGGCUGACGCUGGUCUUGCGUUGGUCGGGUAUCUCGUUGCCAGCAGCGAGAGGGAAACGCAGGUCCUGAAUGCUGCAAGGGAGGUGGUGAGCGUCAUGAAUGGGGAUCGCAAGACUCUGGCAGAGAAGAUUCGCACAGUCGCGACGAAGCUUGGAGGUCUCUGUGUGAAGCUGGUGCAGCAGACAGCGCGACCUGAGAUCAUGACAUGCCCGAUCAUCCUCGAGGAGAGCAAGAAGUGCCAAGAUGAAUGCAAGGCUCGACCCUUGGAGAACAUCCAAGCCCAGCUCCGUGCCGAAGGCUUCGGGGACGCCAUCAUCGAGGGAGUGCUGAAGGCCGGCACGACUGCCGAGGCAAGCAAGGUGCGAGUUGGCGAGAAAGUCUUUCUGGUGAAGACCGUGAAUGUGGAGAACCUGAGGCUGUACUUGGCCGACCUGCAGAUGCUUGGGGACGAAGGAAGUGUCCUGGGCUUCUUCAAGAAGAUCAUGAUCCUGAUCGGCCAGGGAGAGAUCCUUGAGAAAGUCCUUGAGUCGCUAAGGUCGGAGGAGUUUAAGGAGUUCGUCCUCGGAGAGUUCGAUAUGAAAUCGGAAGCCAAGACCAUGGAGCGCUUCCGGGCGACAUAUCGGCGCCGCGGCGACGAGCUCCGGGUGCCCCGGGUGAUUCGCUCCUCGCCGCACGUCCUUCUGGAGGAGUUUGUCCAGGGCGAGACCCUCGGCAAGUGGCUUAAAAGCGCCCGCGAAGAUCAGGUCAAGGCCGAGACUCCCCGGAUCUUCCGCGUGUUGGUGCGUAGUUUCUUCAUCGACCUGACGAAAGAGGGCGAGGCGCACGGCGAUCCCCAUCCCGGCAACGUGAUGAUCACCGAGUGCUGCGACAUCACCAUGAUCGACUUGGGCUGCCACAUCGAGGUUCCGGACGCCAAGAAGGAGCGUUUGCGGUCCUUGUUGCAGUUCACGGGUACGCCCGGAAUGGACGAGUCCCAGCUCCAAUUGCUGAAGAGCAAUCUCCAAGACUUGGGUGCUGAGCAGCGUUCGGGCGCCGAGCUGUCCGGCAUGCUCCCAUGGCAGUGCGUGGCCAAGUCCUUCGACCUCCAAGAGGCAUGCAACGGCUUGAACCUGAAGGAGAACUUCGACCAGACCGUCGGAAUCAAGCUGUCAGGUUGGCUGCUGCGCUUGCAGAAGGCCUUCGGUGCUCUGGCAAUCUCGCUCCAGGAGCUAAGGGGUCCUAACAUGUCCUUAUAG